UCAGUUACCACUAGACAAACACAAGGGCAUCGCAUAAAUCACAAGCCAAUCAUGCUCAAAUGCCUCGUAUUUCUACUUGGGGCGAUGUUUCCCGGGACCUUCGGGAUCACGAAACCUGGACUGAAGACCACAGAACCCUUUGAUCACGUCGCUCAGCUGGACGAACGCGGGAUGUUCACACUAUUCUGGAAUUUCAACAGCACCCAUAUUACGUUUGAAGCGCAUGUGGAAACGAAAGGAUGGGUUGGUCUUGGCUUUUCCGGAAACGGAAACAUGUUCCCCGGCGAUGUUGCAGUAGGAUGGGUAACUGAUCAGGGACAGACCCACUUUUCGGACCGUCACACGACCGGGCAUCGCACGCCAGACGUAGAUACGUCGCAGGACUGGUUCCUUUUGUACGCGGAGGAAACGAGCUCUGGUACCGUCCUGAAAAUGGUCCGGAAACUACAGACGUGUGACAACGCUGAAGAUAUAGACAUAAACAAUGGCACAAAUCGUGUCAUCUACGCGUUCGGCUCGGAAGACCCGCAAAACGACCGCAGCAUCUUGUACCACGGGACCACAAGGGGCACCAAGAGCCUCUUCCUGCUUAAUCCAGACAAAGGGGAUGGAAAUAUCCGAGAGACAAAGAUUAUGCACUUUGAUUUUCUCAAUCUGAACUAUAUGGUUCCCAACGACACCACUACUUACCACUGCCGAGCAUUUAUCAUGCCCCCUCUCGGUAAACACCACAUUAUUAAGUACGAGGCCAUUAUCACCCCAGGAAACGAGAAACACGUUCACCACAUCCUGUUGUCGAGGUGCAAGGUUAACCCGCAGUCUGUUAGUCAGUUAGACGGCAAAUCGGAUGUAUGUUUCCAAUCCAAGACCAUUCCUGAAUGCUCGGAUUACAUAUUGGGCUGGGCCAUUGGCGGAGAGGCAUUUUACUUCCCGCCUAAUGUCGGAUUCUCAGUCGGUGCACCGGAAGAUCCGGUUUAUUACCACUUGGAGACCCAUUAUGACAACCCCGAUGGAAGAGCGGAUAUCCUUGAUAACUCAGGCAUACGCAUUACUCUGACAUCGGAGCUGCGGCCCAUAGAUGCGGGAAUGUUACAAAUGGGAAUUUCGUUCAACUACAGACAGGUCAUCCCUCCGGGCCAGAGCAACUUUAUUUCCAGAGGCCAUUGUCGAGACACCUGCACCCGACUGAGCAUGGCACAAGCUAACAUUACGGAGUUCAAGAUCUUUGGGGUCCUUCAGCACUCGCAUGUCGCCGGUGUCCGCAUCACCACACGUCACUUCCGGGACGGGCGCGAGCUUCCGCUGAUUAUCACCGAUCCGAAUUACGAUUUCAACUUUCAGGACUUUCGAAAAUUACCGGAAGAGAUCGCCGUUCAUCCAGGUGACAGCUUCAGAGUAGAUUGUCACUAUAACACCGUCGGAAAAACACAGCCAGUUUUGGGUGGUGUGGCAACUACACAGGAGAUGUGCAUGUCGUUUGCCUACUACUAUCCAAGGAUACCAAUGGCCAACUGUAUGUCGAUGCCGAACUAUGGUAUAUACGGUGACGAUGCAGAAACGAGGACAUGGCAGAUGAUUCAAAAUGCGGACUGGACAAAUAAGACCGUAGUAGACUGGUUCACUCAGCAGCAAAACACCGGUCCCGGAUAUGCAUGGUGCAGUGGAGACAGUUUGAAGGUUCCUGACGACUUUAACUACCUGUUCACUGGCAAUCUACCGCCGCAUGAUUUCAUUGAGCCCAGCAAGUGCCCGUAACCAACCAUUGAUUCUGAUUGGACAAUCGCUAAUCACGUGUCCGUAAAAAACCACCGAUUCAGAUUUAAAAAUACAUGUAGUUAAUAAACAUAAUUGCUUAGCACUUUAAAAUCUACAAUAAAACACAAUAAAUAAAUGGAACGUUGAUAAUUGUUAAAAUUGUUUAACUAUUGUUAAAUAUUUGUAUCGUGUAAUGAUUGUGUAUAAUAUUUUCAUAAAUUGUCAAUUAAUUUGCAAGGUAAAGCCCAAACUCAACACUCAAAUCAACAAAUAUUUCGUAAGCGGUUUCGAAAAAUAAAGUUAAUGCAUGAAAAACCAGUGUUCAUUAUAGCAAACGCCAAAUUUUUAACGCUAGAUGUUUUCUAGUAACACAGAUUUAACGAGAUACAAAAUGCUCCUUUUUAUUUUUAGCGUGAUAGUACCGUCAUAUUCAAUUGCACAUUUAUAUAUAUAGGUGAGUAAUGAUGUAAACAUGUUUUGACAUGAUCUCACAAUUUUGAGUUUCCUUUGUAAACAAGCAGUAACAAGUUCUUACGGGUCUCACUUUAAUAAGAAUAAACCUUAACAAAAAUGUCAAAAUUGUCUAAUCUUGUAAUAAAAACAUCAAAAACAUUA